AGGCGCCAUCUGCAACAAAAGCGAAGAGUUAGGAGCAGUCCUGGCUGAAAGGGUCAGCCUAGCAGCCCUGCAGCAGCUUGCUGGGCCUGGAGGGAGGAGGAGGUCCUGUCUGCCAAGGAGCUCUGUCCUGCAGCUGCUGACUCUGCAUGUUGUCGCAUGAGCCUGCAGAGCACGGCUAACAGUGCCCACAAAGGGGAAAUAGGAGCCAAGGUCACUCUGCAGCAUUGUCUUGGGGACAGUCCUACUUAGGCUCCUCUUAGCUUAUCCUUGAUGGGAAUUAUGAAGAGAGACCAGUAUCUGGCCCUAGGAAACUUUCAUUGAGACAAUGGUUUUAAAUCCUCCUGUUGAUCACACAAGGAAUCCUUUGCAUGAGAUGUUCAUGCAUCAACUUCAUGUGUGCACAUCACGUUAUUCCCUAAUUUAGCCACGCAAGGUGGAUAGAUUAAUUCGUGUAUUUUCAGACUACAGAAGGCAAUUUAGUCAUAAGGACUCCCUGAGAACUGCACUACGCAACUCCAGCUGAGCCAGCAUGAAGGUUUUAGGAAGGCACCCAACAGAUGAAAGUAGAACCUUAGAGCAGGGUGGGCAUCAAGGUGGGCUGGAGGCAGAGGAUAAAUGGUGACCACAAGCUUGCCCAGAGCACUUCUCAGAAGAAGCAGGGCAACUGAUGACAGGGCAGGGACUUUCUGCAUGAACCAACACACAGGGCUAUGCUUUAUCAUGUGCCUGAAUCACCAGCUGAGCGGGGCAUGCCCUGUAAUCCCCCAGUUACGUGGGUACACUGCUCCUGCUCAUCAACUAAGCAAUAAACAUAGCAAGUUGCAACAGAGGUAUUAGUAUCUGCAUAUCAAGGUACCCAGCAAGACACAGCCAGAAGCAAAAAAGUCAUUCAACGCUUGAUGCUCUGUCACAUUAGUCUGCUAGAGCUCCUGAACAUCCCCUAAGUCUUGGGAACAUUCAUAUAAACCCAGUGUUCACGCUUUCCUGCUGGGGGGUUGCACACAUGCAACUGGUGUGGCUUUCUCUCAGCCCAAAGCCUUUGGCAGAGGCUGAGACUGGCUAAACCACGCCACUGCCAGAGCUCUGGGCAGGCUCUGCACUCUUCCAAUGGCAGCAUCUUCUUCUGAACGGUGCACAGCCAAACACACUUCUUCCUUUUGGGUACUCCACCUCCUUCCUUCUCUAAAAAUAAUGGGUCCAGAAAGAAGCCACAUUUUUCCAUCCCCAUUUUCCUAGUUUUAUUUCCACAGCUUACUUUUCCAUGCCGCAGACCUUCUCUCUCUUCAUUUUACCCUCCUUCUCUCCUCUGCUUCCCUCUCUUUCCCCCUCCCCCUGCCUUCUCUCCCUCUGCACUUUGUGAACUGCUGCUGCCGUGCUGAAGUCCAAAGUUCAGUAACUUGCUAAGCACACAGAUAAAUAUGAACCUUGGAGAAUUUACAUUGCUCCAAUGUAAACAGAUAGCCAAGGGUCCCUUUAUCAGCACUGGCUCAGGACAGUCGUGGGGGGUCUGAAGUGGCUCAAUUUUGUAUUUUGUUUUUUUUGGGGGGCGUAAAGGCGGGAGGCUGAGCUGUGCCCACCUUCCUGACAGUCGGACGUGUUACCUCAGGAACAUGGUGUAGGGAAGCUGGAAGCAAGAUAACUUGAAACUCAAAUCCAGGAGCCUGAAGACCAUGGUCUCGAAGCUGAGUCAUCUUCAAGUGGAGCUGCUGGGAGCGCUGCUGGAGUCAGGGCUAACGAAGGAGACCCUGAUCAAGGCACUGAGCGAAGUGGAACCCUAUGUGCUCCAGAGUGAAAGUCAGCGUGCUAUCAAUGCCCUCCAGACAGAGAAAGGGGAACCAUGCCCUGACAUCCCCAACCUCCCCAACGGAAUGGGGGAGUCCAGGUUAUCAGAAGAUGAAACCUCUGAUGAUGGGGAGGAAUUUACCCCUCCAAUAAUGAAGGAGCUGGAAAACUUGAGCCCCGAGGAGGCUGCUCACCAGAAGGCUGUGGUGGAAAGACUAUUACAAGAGGAUCCCUGGAGAGUAGCAAAGAUGGUGAAAUCCUACCUCCAGCAGCACAACAUCCCUCAGCGUGAGGUGGUGGACACUACUGGUCUGAACCAAUCUCACCUCUCACAACACCUCAACAAGGGCACUCCUAUGAAGACCCAGAAAAGGGCAGCCCUCUACACCUGGUAUGUCCGCAAGCAGCGAGAGGUGGCCCAGCAAUUCACACAUGCCGGCCAGGGUAUUCUGACAGAGGAGCCCAUGGGAGAUGACCUACCCACCAAGAAGGGAAGAAGAAACCGUUUUAAGUGGGGUCCUGCCUCACAACAGAUCCUGUUCCAAGCCUACGAGAGACAGAAAAAUCCUAGCAAAGAAGAGAGAGAGGCACUGGUAGAAGAAUGCAACAGAGCAGAGUGCAUUCAGAGGGGUGUUUCCCCAUCUCAGGCCCAGGGGCUGGGCUCAAACCUGGUGACAGAGGUCAGAGUUUACAACUGGUUUGCCAAUCGUAGAAAGGAGGAGGCUUUCCGGCAUAAGCUGGCCAUGGACACCUUCAGCGGACCGCAGCCUACCUCUGCUCCUCCUCUAACUCCUCACAACUCUUCCUCCCUUCAGCCAACAUCUGCUCUCUCACCCAGCAAAGUUCACGGAGUGAGGUAUAACCAGCAGCCAACCAGCGAGGCAGUGUCCUCCAGCAACAACCACCAUGGGAACAGCUCCAUGGUGACCACCCAAACCAUCCUGCAUCAGGUUUCUCCCCCUGGACUGGAGCCCAGCCAGAACCUACUGAGCACAGACACUAAGCUCGUCUCUGCUCCUGGAGGAACUCUCCCCCCUGUCAGCACCCUAACUGCCUUGCACAGCCUGGAGCAAAGUCCACACACACUGAGCCAGCAAACUCAGAACCUCAUCAUGGCAUCGCUGCCGGGUGUAAUGGCAAUCGGAGCUGGUGAGACCUCAUCCCUAGCACCAGCAUUCACCAACACAGGUGCCUCCACCCUGGUGAUAGGCCUGGCCUCAACUCAGCCACAGAGUGUUCCUGUAAUAAACAGCAUGGGGAGCAGCCUUACUACCCUGCAGCCUGUCCAGUUCUCCCAGCAGCUGCACCCAUCCUAUCAGCAGCCCCUUAUGCAGCAGGUACAGAGCCACAUCAACCAGAGCCCCUUCAUGGCUACCAUGGCCCAGAUACAGAACCCACACGCUCUCUACGGCCCCAAGUCUGAAGUGGCCCAAUACACACCAACAGGCCUCUUGCCACAAACCAUGGUGAUAACAGACACAGCCAAUCUCAGCACCCUGACUAACCUGACACCAACUAAACAGGCAUUCACAUCUGACUCGGAGACCCACACAGAGUCUGGGAUGCAUACGCCAGUGUCGCAGGUGCCAACGAUACAUUUACAGAAUCAAGACACAACCAUCCAGCAUCUUCAGCCAGGCCCUCGCCUCACCUCAAGCCCUGCUGUGUCCUCCAGCAGCCUGGUGCUGUACCAAAGCUCUGACUCCACCAACAGCCACAGCCAGCUGCUGCCAUCCACUCACAACGUCAUUGAGACCUUCAUCUCCACACAGAUGGCAUCCUCCACUCAAUAAUCCCAACAACUUGCUCCAGGGUGACUGCCACGACCAGCCUAUCGGGUGUGAUUCCAACUGUUUGCCAUCACUGUCACUGCUGCCUUCCAUGGGAAGGAAAGGCUGCUGUGCUCAGCUGACCUCCAGCCCCUACAGUUUCAUGCAAAUCCUCUACUCAGCUGCCUCCCUGAGAGAAGAUGUCUCAGGCUCAAAACAGAAGCCAUGAAAAAAUGGUGCUGACACUGCUAAAAUUCACUGCCCCUGGAAAAACAAGCCAACCCAAACUCCAUGAGCCAGCCUAGAAUGACCAGACAUCCUUUUGUGGCUGCCCAAGACCAAAUCCCAUUGAGACAGGGAUCUGAAUGCAAUAUGGCAAAACCACUAGGGCAUGGGCAGGACUUUGUUCUGCUCAGCCUUCAUCAAGCUGGGCCUGUACUAACCUGCCACCAUCAGACUAAGCCAUGCAGCAAAGAGCAAAGCUGAGCUGCCAAAGAAGGGACUUCAUCUCUAAAACACUCACCUCCUCUGCUGUAAAUAAGCACCAAUAAGAACUAUGAGAAAUAACAGUAUCUUGGAGGCAAGAGUGGUUCCUGACUGCAGUGCAAAUCACGAAGAAAUAGAUUCAGGAAUGGCUUGGCACAAACUUGUCAGUAUGCAAUCACUGACUACAAGCUACAAAUCCUUUAAUUAAAUUUAAGACCACCAAACAUUCUCGGUUAAAAAUGACCUGCUCUAAAAUCAUGCUAUCCUUGUGGAAAUGGCUUGGUUAUUUUUGAUAUAGCUCUGCUUUGUUUUAAAUGCAGAAAUUAAAGUUUAACAGCAGCAUGGAGAUCCUGGUUCCCUGCACUAACCAUGUGGUUUCUCAUCUUGAGUCUUGAUGAAUGACCCACGGGAUGGCAUUCGCCACAGGCCCCCAACACUGCACAGCACACGAGAGGUUCUCAUGCACCUCAAAGAGCAGCGAUUCCUUCAGCUCUUCUCUAUAAUGUCAGCUUGGAUUCAUUUUAGAGAGCACAGUUCAUUCUUAGCCUCCCUGUAGGCUGGAUUCUGUAGUUCUUGAUAUGCAAAUAAUUACCCUGGGGCCUAAGAGUCUUACUUGCACUAAGUGCAAGUUUUUAGCCCUAAGUAUCUGCUUAUAUAAUUCCUCUUCUAAUUAUUCCUAUUUACUCUCAACCUUCACAUCACUGAUAUGUCACUAGCCAGACACACAAAAAGCCCUAAUUAACAUGUUUUUUGUUAUUGUGAUUGAAACAGAGCUUUGAAACAGAGCUGUUCUUUCACCUGUGAAGUGGAUUAAUAUCCUUGAGACUAGACAGUGCUUGAGGCUCUUAAAAGGUUAAGAUAUAAGAGAGAAUUAAAAUAGCCCAACAUCAAACUCUUCCGUUACCAUGUCUGGAAAUUCCAAAACUGCAGAUGUCCUUACAGUUUGUAUUGAUGCAAUCUUUCUCUAGAAACUAUCGACCACCAGAGACUGAUUUCAGUAACUGGAUUCUCCACAGAAUUUUAUCCUAGAAUUGUUUCUCUAUCUCCCAUGUGCAUCAUUCACAAAUACAUUUAACUUCAGUUAGCACAAUCAUCACAAAACAAGCCAAAAGAUGAUUUUUAGCCCACUCUGCCUUUGAAACCCUGGGUGUCAGCUGCAGUAUUCUUAAGUCUUAACUGGCUGUAAGACAACUAAUUGCUGCUGGCACAUUCAGCCAGAUUACAAGCCAAUUUUUCCUUGUUUUUUCCAUUUUUGGAUGCCAACUCUAUUUUCUUGAUUAAAAAACAGCAAGGGUCUCACAGCAGGAAAGAAAACAUCUUGUUUUUUCCAAAGUUCAAAAAGCAAUGCUUUAUUAUUUUGGUUUCUCUAAUCUGGCUUUCUGGUCUCCUGAACAGGGACAGUAAGUUAGAGCCACUGAACCCCAACAGCCUUUAAACCAGAAGUGUAACGGUCCAAUAACAGGUAAUUUCUUGAAAUACUGGAACUGAAGUAUAAACAGAGCCAGUCUGAAAACUACCAAAACUCACUAUAGUUCAGAGAGACAAAAGUCAUAAUUGACUAAAAUAAGGACUAGAACAACAAAUGCCAUACAAAAAACUACACAUGAAAAGAAAUUUCAAUGGGCAUGACUUGAACGGAACUACCUAUUCAUAACAACCUGGAAACAAGCUCAUUGCACACUCUGUGUAUAUGCACGGGCCCUGGAGAAGUGCAGAUUACAGAGGGAUUAGUAAUGUGGCAGGUUUCAACAACAGAUUGUUAUGAUGAUCAGAGGAAAAAAAAAUAAGGGGGCCCUGAUAUCUGACAGGCUGCUUUUGAUAGUCUCCAACAGGCCAGAGUUAUUAUUAGCAGGCAUUAGGAGAAGGCAAAGUAAAAAAAGAGCUGAUCACCUGUUGCCAUGUAAACCAAAUUAAUUUCCUCACAGACUUUCUCCAGGACAUAAGAUGUGAUGGAACAGAGCAGGAGGGACACAGCUACAGCUCUAUCCCCCUGUCAGGCAAUUCAGUGCACAGUGUUUAAUCCUAUAAUGCUAGGUCUGCAUAAGGGGCAACAGAGAUAACUGCUGUGCUAGAACAACGUUCCCUUCCCCAUGGGGCGCCAACAACAUAGGAAGUCACUUAAUUGGACUCUCAGGCCACUGAGCUUUUUGGUUUUUUUUUUUUCCAGCAUCCUUCAUCCAUCAUAAUCACCUGCCAUUUG